AUGGGCCAGAAUCAUUUUUAUCACCCUGCUGCACUGGCUCUGGUCUCCCGAGCCAAGCCCCAGCCACGUGUCCCCCCCAGCUCGGGUGACUUCAUGUGUUCGGAAUGUGACAAGGUGUUCCCCCUGCAGUGCAUGUUGACGCGCCACCUCAAGUGCCACAGCAUGGUGAAGAGACACCCCUGCCACUGCUGUGGCAAGGGCUUCAAUGACACCUUCGACCUAAAGAGGCACAUGCGCACUCACACAGGUAUCCGUCCGUACCGCUGUGACCUGUGUGACAAGGCCUUCACCCAGCGCUGCUCCCUCGAAUCCCAUCUGAGGAAGAUCCAUGGCGUUUUCCAGCAGUAUGCCUACCGCCAGCGUCGCUCCAAGAUCUUCGUGUGCGAGGACUGUGGCUACACAUCCAACCGGCCCGACGAGUACUUCCUCCACAUGUGCCAGUGCCACCCGGGCAGCCAAGCCCUGCGCCGCUACUACCGCCACCAGGCACACGAGGGCGCCAACAACAUGCUCUCUCAACACAAACCCAGCCCCUUUUUUAUUUAUACUCUGGCUGGGUAUAAUAUGGGUUGA